AUGGAGCAGCGUCUGUACGGUGUCAACACAGCCACCCUCCAUCACUACCCGACACAGCACCUGCCCUCCGCCUACCCCGGGCACCAGAGUUUCCAGAACCCCCGCCACCCGCACUUCCCAAGCAUGUACCCGCCCCGCCAGGGCUUUUCGGGUGGCUUGGCGUACGGUGGUCAGCAGGACUGGACAUUUUCUGGGGCCGCCAGCGCCGGGUUGGGCCCCCUGGGUGGCAUGAACACGGGUCUACACGGAGGUGCGGCCUGCGGGGUGUUUGGGGCAAGACCCGAGUCGGGGGACUACCUGUACCCGUCCCAGGGUGCGGGCUCGGGUCCCUCCAUGCAGCUUGCAGGCCCCAUGUCCCACCCGCGGGCGCUGGUGUCGGGGGGUACGCAGUACUGUGACUCCUCGGUGUACCCGAGUUCCUACAGUCCGGAUCACUGCCAUCCGUACCCACCUUCUCCUUCGCAGUCGCUGAGUUCUUCUCCUUCUUCAACAGACUCCAGCGACAAGCUUGCACGGUGCAGCCUACAACUUCACUGUCACAGCAGCCCCUACAAGCUGGACCUGAGCGCCAAGCCCCGCAAGGAGCGGACGGCCUUCACCAAGCAUCAGAUCCGGGAGCUGGAGAAGGAGUUCGCGCUGCACAACUACCUGACGCGACUGCGGCGCUACGAGAUCGCGGUGGCUUUGAACCUCACAGAACGACAGGUGAAGGUAUGGUUUCAAAAUCGCCGGAUGAAAUGGAAGCGGGUGAAAGGAGCGCAGCUCGUGCGUGACAAGGUCACAGGUCAGCUGAAGCCCGUGAUGACCCAUGCGUGUCGUCGUCGGGUGCACGGUUCGCUGACAUGCUGAAGGACAAAGCUCACAGCUCGGUGGACUCUCCGGAGGCUGAGUCGGGAGGUGGCAAAGCAGACUGCAGGGACUGACCGCCGUGUCCGGGCUCCACAGUCGGAAAACGUGUUGCGUAGCAACCUCGCUUUGACACUGGAUUUCCAAAGACUGCGAAAAGGUCAACGUCCUUGCUUGCUAACAGCUGGGGCUGGCGAUCUCCAUGACUACAUCUCUGACGUGUCUUCCAGCUGUGAUGUUGAAUGACUUACCUCCUACGGCUGGAAAGCCAGCUGAGACGACGAGGGAUCCACGUGACACAUGACUUCGAGAAACCUGUUUGUUGUGUGCAGCUGGGAGAAAACAGCUGCAGUGCUGAGAGAGACUAUGUGCCAUCCCAGCUGGCAGAGUCAUUGUUGCGAGACCGAAAGCUCGAAGAACUUCAAAUUAGUACUGAUGAGGGAGAGAAAAUGUCACAACAUUUAUUUUCUCUUCCUAAAGGGAUUGCCUGUGGAAAAUCAUUUGGAACGGUCGCCAAAGAACAGACUCAGUUGGAACCAAAAAGUUUGUCAUAGACACAUACGGGCAAACUAAGUUUACCAGGACAUUAAACUUUCAUUAUUCGACAGGGCAUCGCUCAGGUGGACAGUAAACCGCCAGAAUUUAUGAAACUGGUAUUCUUGGUAUUCCACAACUGUCUGUCCGCACAUCCUCCACUACAAAAGGACACAAUCGACGACAUUAGCCUGAAGACUGAUCGUGAAUACCAGCUUUGGAUAUCUCUGUCACACCUCUGCAGGUUACGCCCCUGUUGAGCAGGGUACUCUAUAACCGCAGGGUACUCUAUAACCGUUCUUCAUCAGAGUGCUACACUACACACUAAAGGUACUCAGGAUUUUGAAAUAACAUGGCAACAAAGACUUCACGGAAUAGACAAAUUGCAUCCCUUAGUCAAAAAUUAUAAUAAAAUAAAUAAAUAAAAAUUGUUUAUGU